AUGACUGAAAUGAACAAAUUGGAAGAGAAUAUCUUGAGUCAAUGUGAAACUUUAAAGAAUCUUUCAAGUCAAUAUGUCAAGGAAUUGGAAAUGGAAACCGAGAAAGCUCAAAAAGAAAAAUUGGAAUUGCAUGAAUAUUUGAAGAAAGCAAGUGUCCCGUUGGCAACGAUUAAGAGUGAAAUCAAAUUAAUCACUGACAAGCAAGAAAGCAUGCAAGAACUGCUUAAGGAAGUUACUGAAUUAGAGGAAGUUCUUUCAAAGAAAGAGAAGAAAGCAGAACAACAGGUGUUGGUGACAGAGAAAACGCACCAAAAGCUUCUUGAAGAUAUUUCCAAGAUAUCCACUAACGAUCUGUCUCAGACAUUUUCACAAAUCAUCGAAAAAAUUUCAAAUAUGACUGUUUUGGGACAAGCCUCACAGACCCAAAUAAAAUGUGAUCAGCGUCGCCAAUUGCAAGAUAAAGUUUCCGAAAUCGAAACCAGACUAGCUACCAAGAAGGCCAGGAUAGCUAAGCUUGAAGAAGAGUUGAAUGAAAGCAAUGGCUGUAGAAUUCCUUCGAGUGAUCGUUUUGCCUUCAAGAAAGCUAUGGCACUUCAUUAUCAGUUCAAGAAAAACGAAUUGAUCAAGCUGAAGCUAGCAGUACACCGAAUGGGCGGUAAAAUUGAAUGA